CUAAUUCUAACACUCGCCAGCCACCAUGUCUGCUCCAUCUCACAACUACAAAGUCGCUGAUAUCUCCCUCGCUGCCUUCGGUAGAAAGGACAUUGAAUUGUCCGAAAACGAAAUGCCAGGUUUGAUGUACAUCAGAAAGAAGUACGGUGCCGAUCAACCUUUGAAGGGUGCCAGAAUCGCCGGUUGUUUGCACAUGACCAUCCAGACCGCUGUCUUGAUUGAAACCUUGGUUGCUCUUGGUGCCGAAGUUACCUGGACCUCCUGUAACAUUUUCUCCACUCAAGACCACGCUGCUGCUGCCAUCGCCGCUACUGGUGUUCCAGUGUUCGCCUGGAAGGGAGAAACCGAUGAGGAAUACGAAUGGUGUAUUGAACAACAAUUGUUCGCCUUCAAGGAUGGCAAGAAGUUGAACUUGAUCUUAGACGAUGGUGGAGACUUGACCAACUUGGUUCACACCAAGUACCCAGAAAUGUUGGAAGACUGUUACGGUUUGUCUGAAGAAACCACCACUGGUGUCCACCACUUGUACAAGUCCUUGAGAGACGGCAAGUUGAAGGUUCCAGCCAUCAACGUCAACGACUCCGUCACCAAGUCCAAGUUCGACAACUUGUACGGUUGUCGUGAAUCUUUGGUUGACGGUAUCAAGAGAGCCACUGAUGUCAUGAUUGCCGGUAAGGUUGCUGUUGUUGCUGGUUUCGGUGAUGUUGGUAAGGGUUGUGCCAUGGCCUUGCACGGUAUGGGUGCCAGAGUCAUUGUCACUGAAAUCGAUCCUAUCAACGCUCUUCAAGCUGCCGUUUCUGGUUAUCAAGUUGCUCCUUUGGAUGAAGUUGCUUCCAUCGGUCAAAUCUUCGUCACCACCACUGGUUGUCGUGAUAUCAUCACCGGUAAGCACUUUGAGCAGAUGCCAGAAGAUGCUAUUGUUUGUAACAUCGGUCACUUUGACAUUGAAAUCGACGUCGCUUGGUUGAAGGCCAACGCCGAGUCCGUUGUCAACAUCAAGCCUCAAGUCGACAGAUUCUUGAUGAAGAACGGCCGUCACGUCAUCCUUUUGGCUGAAGGUAGAUUGGUCAACUUGGGAUGUGCCACCGGUCACUCUUCCUUCGUCAUGUCCUGUUCUUUCUCCAACCAGGUCUUGGCUCAAAUCGCCUUGUACAAGGCUAACGACCAAGAAUUCAGAACCAAGUACCCUGAAUUCUCCAAGACUGGUCCAUUCGACGUUGGUGUCCACUUGUUGCCAAAGAUCUUGGACGAAACCGUCGCUAGAUGCCACUUGGAACACUUGGGUGCUAGAUUGACCACCUUGACCGAAACCCAGGCUGAAUACUUGGGUAUCCCACAACAAGGUCCUUUCAAGGCUGAAAUCUACAGAUACUAGACUCACUUGAGUGGGUUUCUGGAGUCGCUGUCUGCCUUCUUUAUCAUCCAUUGUCUUUGUUUUCUUGCAAUGUAUUCUAAUGUCUUGUUCUAAUUACUUUUAAUUGCAUCAACUGCACUUAAUGACCACAGGUUUUUUUACUCGGCUGGCUCGCCAGUCAUGAUCAUAUGGGUUUUAUGUUUUUAACGUCUUUUGUUUUGAAACAUGGUUAUUCCUUAUUAUUUUUAUUUUAUUGUUUUGGGUUUUGUUCAACUACUGAACAAAGAUAAAAAAGGUAGAUUGAUAUACUUAUAUAAUUAAUAAAGGUAUCCUCAACGGAUCG